AUGCCGGCCCUGUCGAGCUGUCGAGCUGCACCGCCUAUCGCGCCACAGCUGGCGCCAGCUCCAGCCCUCGGUCCUCCAAGCGACCGCUCAUCGCUCGAGUACUUUGACGAAGAGCGCCUCAUCAUCUCGUUCGACGUCGGCAACACGAGCACAUCCAUCACGCUCGCCCACCUCACCUGGGCCUGCCGCCCGCUCCACCCAACCUCCUCGACCCUCCGCACCGUCCUCACCUACCCCUACUCGAGCCCGUCCGUCACGCCCAUCCCCUCGCGCACGCCCUCGCUCGCCGCCUUUGACCGCGCCGACCGACCGCGCGCGUUCGGCGCCGAGUGCCUCACGCCGCGCGCGCUCCAGCUCGCGAGGGACGAGGGCUGGCUCGUCGUCAAAGGGUUCAAGGAGCAGAUGAGGCCCGGCCCGGCGAGGGCGCCGCAAGGUCCUGCAGCACUCGAGAGCGGCAAGAAGCUGCUCAAGAAGUUCAAGGCGCCGCUCUCGUCCUCCUCGUCCGCGUCCGCAACGCCAGCGCACCUCGCCCCGUCCGCGUCGCCCGCCCCCGCCACGUCCUCGCGAGCGCCGGCCUCGGCGCACGACUCGGUCCGCUCGCUCGCCUCGUCCGAGGGCCUCGUCGACGCCGCCAGCCCUACCGCCGCGCCUGCCUUGUCCUCGGCACCCGCACCCGCGCACGACAUCGACCAGUCGUACGUGCUCGUGAGCCCGGGCGUCGGCGGCAUCGACGGCGGCACGGGCGCGCUGGGCGACCUCGGCCGCAGCGCCGGCGGCAAGGACCGCGCCGAGGACAAGCCCGCCGACGCUCCCGCAGCGCGCAAGGUGCUCCACCACGGCCCACGCCUGCGCACCAUCUACGCCGAGUACCUCAAGUGGCUCGUCGCGUGCGCGCGCGCGUGGUACGCCGAGUCGUUUGCCGGCGGCGACGACACGUUCGUCCGGUGCUGGGAGCGAGCGAGGUUCGUCGUCGCGAUCCCGGCCGACUGGACGGGGGACGAGACGGAGAUUGUGCGGGGCGCGAUGAAGGACGCGAGGUUGUUGCCGACCAACUUUGAGGUCGGGAGGCUCACGUUCGUCAAGGAGCCGGCGGCCAUCACCUACUUUGCCGCUCGCCACACGCGCUCGACGACCUGGCUCGAGGAGGGCUCGUCUUUUGCGCUCGUCGACGCGGCCGAGCAAGGCGUCUCGAUCAUCGGCUACACGGUCUCGGCGAGAGCGCCUCGCCUGAAGCUCCGAGCGUACGAGCCAGUCACUCGUCUUCCCGCAGGAGCAGGCACCGUCCUCGACGCCCUCACCGAGCUCCUGACGGCCCGCCUCGCGCGCACCAAGUUCAAGUCGUCGGCCAUCCUGUCGCACCUCGUCGCCGAGUUCCGCGCCAGGGUCCUCAAGCGCUUCUCCGGCAUCGGUGGACCGGCCAACUACCGCUUGCGGCUGCCCGAGGGCGACGCCAAGCUUGAGAAGGCCGUCGACUCGGGCGCGAGGAUUCGCGAUGGGUGGCUCGCGCUGAGCGCCGAGGACGUCGAGAGCUGCUUCCGACCGGUGGUGGACGUCAUCGUCGUCCGCCUCUCGUCCAUCCUGCCACGUGGCGAUGCCAAGCACAUUCUCCUCUCGGGCGGCUUCUCCGAGUCGCCGUACCUCGUCUCGAGGCUGCGCGAGACGUUCUCGCCCGGCGGCAUCCAGCUCGUCAUUGCCGACAUCCCGACCCACUCGGCCGUCGCGGACGGGGCCCUCGCCUUCUACCUCUCCGAGACGCUCGCGCCGCGCCGCACGCGCUUCGCCCUCGGCACGCAGGUCGCCGUCGACUGGUCGACGCAGUGGGAGCGCGGUAUGCACGAGCGCGCCGUCGUGCAGGGGAGCGGCGGGAGGCGCGUCGUCAUGGGCAAGUGGAGCGAGUUGGUGCCGCAAGACUCGACCCUCUCGAUCUCGACGACGUGGCGGCGCACGUUCAACUUCCGCUAUCGCCUCGCGGCGCGAGACCCGACGUUCAAGACGACGCUGUGGCGCUACGACUCGGCGGCCGACGAGGUCCAGAACGGGUGGAUGGUCGACGUCGACGGCAAGCCGCAUGCAGCGUACCGCGAGGUCUGCGAGGUCGAGGCGGACCUCCUCUCGCUCGUCGCGGCGUCCGAGGUGUACGGCGAGGAGGAGGCGGCGUGGGUGCAGCUUCAGGUGGAUCUCGUCGUCUACGUCGGCGACGACUCGCUCGAGGCCGUGGUUGAGUGGGCCGAGCAGGGCAAGGCGGUGCGAGGGCCGGCGACGAGAAUCCCUCUCGGCGCUUUCUGAGUAGACGAUGCGACGAACAGAGACGGCGCGAGUGUAAUGAGAGC